GACGAAGAUGGAAGGGAUAGAUCACAAGAUGAUAAGCGUCAAUGGCAUCAAUAUGCACAUCGCAGAGAUGGGUCAAGGCCCAAUUGUAUUACUCAUCCAUGGUUUCCCUGAGCUCUGGUACUCUUGGCGCCACCAAAUCCUCUACCUCGCUGCCCACGGUUACCGUGCCAUUGCCCCUGACCUCCGUGGCUACGGAGACACCACCGGUGCACCUAUUCGCGAUCCUACUAAGUUCACUACUCUUCACGUCGUCGGCGACCUCGUCGCACUACUUGAAACCCUUGGUGCAGAUAAGGUGUUUGUUGUUGGGCAUGACUGGGGUGCAUUAAUUGCUUGGCGCCUGAGUUUGUUUAGACCCGACAAAGUUAAAGCCUUGGUCAACUUAAGCGUUCACUUCGGCCCAAGAAAUCCUCGUCGGAAACCUGUAGAGACUUUUCGUGCCGCCUACGGAGAUGAUCACUAUAUUUGCAAAUUUCAGGAAGCAGGAGAAAUUGAGGCUGUGUUUGCUAGUCUUGGAACUGAGAAAGUUCUUAAGAAGUUCUUGACACACCGUGAUGCUAACCCUUUUUAUUUCCCUAAAGAUAAGCCCUUUGGAGAUGCACAUGAUGCUCCAGUCAUCUUGCCAUCUUGGUUAUCCCAAGAAGAUGUUGAUUACUACACUAAAAAAUUCGAGCAAACUGGCUUCACCGGAGGAAUCAACUACUACCGUUGUUUUGACUUAAACUGGGAACUGGAAGCACCUUGGACCGAGGCUAAAAUAAGUGUACCGGUAAAGUUCAUAGUUGGCGACUUAGAUUUGGUGUAUAAUAUCCCAGGCAUCAAGGAAUACCUACACAAGGGCGGAUUUCGCAAAUAUGUUCCAUUGUUGGAGGAAGUCGUUGUGAUAGAAGGUGCAGCUCAUUUCAUCACUCAAGAAAUCCCCGACAAGAUCAACAAACACAUUCACGACUUUCUCCUGAAAUUCUGAUAUCUCUAUCGGUAUGUAAUCUUCCAAUGAUUUCAGAAGAGAUACGUUUGAAGAUGUGUGCAUCCUUGGACCUCCGUCCGUACAAUAAUUUAGAGGAACUUUUUAGUUUCCUAAUAUAACGACAAAACAUAUAUCAAUAGCUCAUAUCGACUAUGUAAGCAUGUGUCUAUUUCUUAUAUCAUUUAUAUCAAAGGAGCUAAAUACAUCAUUCUAGUC